GGCGCGUCGCCCAACGCCACCAGCUCGUUCGGCGUCACCGCCCUGCAGAGCGCGGUGCAGCAGCGCGGCGCGGGCAUCGCCCACCGGUUGCUCGCCGCGUGCGCCGAUGUGCUGGCCCUCGACUCCAACCGGCAGACGGCGCUACACCACGCCGCACGCGCAGGAGCGGACAACGGAUGCUUGGCGGCCUUGCUCGACCGUUGGGAGUCGGUGGCCGGCGACGACGACGGCUCGGCGUGUGCCUCGAGGGACGUGUGGGGGCGGACGCCAUUGCAUUGGGCGGUCAUCAACGGCCACCGCGAGGCGAUCGUCACGCUCGUCGAGGCUGGGAGCGACAUUGCGCUGCGCGACAAGCAGCACGAGUCGGCGCUCGACCUCGCCGAGCGGAGGGCGACCUGCCACGCGGUGGGCUUCGGAGGCCGGUGCGACAAGCUGACGGUCAGCUUGCUCAAGCUGAUGUUGCCGCGCGACCACGCCGACUACAGCUCCUUCCACCCGGAGGGCCUGAUGGACCUCUGUACGCACGAGGUGCUCCGGCACGCCGAGAGGCUGAAGCUCGGCGCCGAGGAGCGCGAAGCCUUCCUCGCGCUGAGCCCCGCGGAGCGCGCGGCGAUCGGGGACCAUGUGAUGACAAUUGACGAGCUAAAUGCGCGGGAUGAGGGUCGCCUCUAG